GGGCUUGGGCAAGUGAAAUUAAAAUUGAAGGUUAAAGUGGGCCCAAGAAGCCCAGCCCGCUGGAUAAAAAGACAAAAGGAGGUGAUCGAUCGCAUACACCAGCGGUGCAUCAUGUUGGAGCUGCCUCUUAAACACUCUGCCAUCCUAGGGUUUCUACUGCUUCUGCUGUUGAUGGAUGGAUAGACUUGUCUAAAUUUGAAGAGUACAAUGGACAGCACUUCUAAGCAAGCAUUUGAUUUGGACGAAACCGAAAGUUGUUUUGUUGUUGAAAAUUAUGGUGAAAAUGAGUUUGUGGACGAUGAACUUUCAGAAAAUAUUGAAUUAUGUUUGGACGAGGUUGACAAGAUUAUAGAACAGUCUAGUGAAACUUCAGGUUCAAUAAAUGAUGCUAUGGAACCCUGCACCGGCAUGGAGUUCAAGUCAAGAGAUGAUGCACGAGAAUUUUAUAUUGCUCACGGACGGCGUACAGGAUUUACAGUGCGUAUCCAUCAUAACCGGCGUUCUCGAAUAAAUAAUAUGGUCAUUGGUCAGGAUUUUGUUUGUUCGAAAGAAGGAUUUCGUGAAAAGAAAUAUGUAUACAGGAAAGAUAGAGUUCUUCCUCCACCACCUGUAACCCGAGAAGGCUGUCAAGCAAUGUUAAGAAUUGCUUUAAAAGAUGGGAUUACAUGGGUUGUUACCAAAUUCAUUGCAGAGCACAAUCAUGAAUUGAUGUCUCCUAGUAAAGUACCAUGGCGAGGAUCUGCAAAAAGUUUGGUCAGUGAGGAUGAAAAGGAUCGAAGAAUACGAGAACUGACUAUUGAGCUAAACAAUGAGAAGCAACGAUGUAAACGUAGGUGUGCCGCUUACCAGGAACAAUUACGCAUGGUGUUGUCAUAUGUUGAGGAACAUACUAUUCAUUUGUCAAAUAAAGUUCAGGAUAUUGUUAACAAUGUGAAAGAACUUGAAAAUGAUAUGGAGGAUUCGGAUUGCAAAUAUGUCUAGAAUAAACAGUGCUCAUUCUUUUCAUAGUUGCUUUUUUACUAAUACUUCAACUCAUAUUUAACUUGGAUCAUUAAGAAUACCACGCACUUUGAUUUU